AUGAGCAAUCAAAGUUCUUCGAGAAAUUCUGCAGUCAAAGCAACAUUGAAGGUGUAUUCUGAAAUGAGAGAAGAUGGAGGCUGCAAAUUAGCAAUGAGAUUUACACAAUUAAAAAUAGUACUAGCCACUCAUAAAUUGGUGGGAUUCUGCUAUAAACUCAAAUCUACAAGAUUACAGCAUUAUUUUGAUGUUUUGAUAUUAACGAAGAAACCAAAUAUUCAUUCUGUAUCAAUUUUAAAUAAGCCUUAAUAAGGGUAAAAUUAUUAUUUGACACCACCUACGAAAAAGAAAAGUGUAAAGUUUUAACCAAAAUACUCCAUUGCACCCUUCUUGUUAUUAAAAUCGAUAAUUUAAUAGCAUCUUCGCAGAAAUUUCAAUAUAUUACGAUAUAAUCAAAACAGAAAAAAGAGACACAGCUCCUUUACUACCAUAUUACAACAAUUAUUUAGAAGAAAAUAAAGUUAGAAUUUCAGAAUUCUGAAAACUAGACUAUUAUAUUCAAAGACGUUUAGACGAAUUAGUUUUAUGAUUAAUCAAAAAAUAAAAUCAAUACAAUUAGAAGUUUUACUAACAACUUCGUAAUAUAUUUACAAUAAUAAUCGUAAUUCUCAACAAGAAAGUUUAUUGGAUUCUGAAUUCUCAUAACAACUGUAGACACUCCAAGAAAGUAAGAAUGAUAUUCAGGAUUAUGAAAUAAAUAAUUAGAUGAUGAGUGCCAAAGAAUAAUUGGCCAUGAAAUUUGCAAGUACAUCAUUAUUGAUUGGAAUUUUAAGUUAAGUAAUGAUAAAAGCACAAUUUGCAUUUUUGUUGCAUCUAAGAUCUGGAAACAAUCAAAAAUUGGACAUCAGAGAAAUUAAAUCCAUAGAUAUCAGUGAAAAUUUAGAUUAAUCUUUAGUUGAAGAAGAAAAAAUAAAACCAAAAAUAAUUGCAGCUAAUCAAAUUAACCACUUCUUAAUUCAAAAGCUCAAAAAUUAUUUUGAAUAGAUUAGAGAAGGUCCUUCUAGAAUUUCUAGACCUUCAAUUAGACUCUUUAGAGGAGACAAGAAAUCAAAACCUGAGAAUUCCAAUAUAAAGUUGUUAUUAACUGGUUAGAAGAUAUUUAAGGAAGAUGAUCCUCAAUAAAAGAGUACAGAUAUCACUGCCAAUGAAAAAAAGAGCUCAUUUAAAGCACUCCCUGGGGUUCGAUAUGUAACAUAGUAUUCAGAUAUUUCAAAGAAUGCCAAUUCUGAUGUAAAUAUUGUAAACAUUCUUUUAGAGUGAAGCAACUGAAUAAUCCAUCAUUACAGAUUAUGCUAACACUCUACACAGCAUUCAGACUUCUAUCCUAAUGAAAAAUUAAACGAAUUAACCACACAAAUAAAAUGAAAGAAAAGAAACACUUAACUCUGCAAUUCAACAAUAUUGUAUAUAUCUAUGUUAAUGAUUUAGUGAGUCCUAUUAAAAGUUAAAAACACUCCCCUGAAAAAGAGUUUAAAAAAACAAUAGAAAAUAAAAAGGAGAGUAACUACUCUAAAUUAACACUUUUGUACUGUUUCCCUAUCAUAAUUAUCCUCUGUAUUGUAAUUUUAAUGAAAUGA